AUGAUUAGCCUGCGGGCACCUCUACCGCUCUUCCAAGUGCUUCCUCACACCAAGCACACCACCACAUCCUCGGUGGAGUCAUUAAGGCUUCCCAAAGGAAACCUUCACUACAAUGAGGCCCACGACCAAGAUGAGUUUGACAUGCCUGGCUGGAGUGUGCACGGAGCGGAAUUUGGGCACCUGCCGGAAAACAUUACAGUUCUAGAAGGCGAUAGCGUCACAUUGAGGUGCCGGAUCCACGAAGAAGUGACACACAAGGCCUGGCUAAACCGCUCCAACAUUCUGUUCGCGGGCAGCGACAAGUGGUCGCUGGACAAGCGCGUCACGCUGGUCAAUAGCAACAACAGUGACUUCUCAGUCCACAUCGAUAAGGUGCGAGUGAGCGACGAGGGGCCCUACACGUGCACCUUCCAGGCCAACAACAAGCCACACAUCGCCCACGUCUACCUCAUUGUGCAAGUACCAGCCAGAAUCAUCAACAUUUCCUCGGACGUGUCGGUGAAUGAGGGUGAGAACGUCAACCUCUUCUGUCUAGCCGUGGGCCGACCCGAACCCACCGUCACCUGGAAGGACCAGAAAUACGGUCUGGUGAGUGAGGGCGAGUUCCUGGACAUAACGGAGAUCAAGCGUCAACAGGCUGAAGACUAUGAGUGCAUCACCCACAAUGGCGUGGCCCCGCCCGACCAGCGCAAAGUCAAAGUCAACGUCAACUACCCACCCAGCAUCACUGAUAUGAAGAACUUGCCCGCCCACUUGGGGAAGGCGGUCGUCUUGCGCUGCGAAGCCAUGGCGGUGCCCCCUGCCUCCUUUGAGUGGUACCGAGACGACCACAGGCCCGUGAGGAACGACGCCACCAUCCGAAUCAAGAAUGAGAAGACUCGCUCGAUUCUGCUUUUCACCAACGUGACAGAGAAGGACUUCGGCAACUACACCUGCUUCGCCACCAACCGUCUUGGAGCCUCCAACGCCAGCAUGUUGCUAUUCCGACCGGGUGCCAUACAGGGUCGAGCAAGCACUCUACAAUCAGGCUUAAGCGUCGCCCUCAGCAUUUGGAUCACCCUCUCUGCUGUUGUGCUGCUGCAGGUGUAA